UGUGAGGACACACGCACGAUGGCUUCUGUACUUAGUAAGGAAUCUCUCGCUAUUUCUUUAUCCAUUGUCACACUACUCAUUGGACUCUCUCACUUCAACAUGAUCUCCCUCAAACCCAUCUUCAAGUCCGUUUACAUUCGUCUUUGGAAAUUCGUCAACAUCUUUGUCCACUGGCACAAGCUCCCCACAUGGCUCGGCGUUUUCAAUCUCCUCGCUCUUCGAUAUGAACUCCGCGAGAAGAACCUUCACGACACCUACCCCAAUGCUGAGUUCCAGGGCACUGCAGCAGAUUGCCCCAUGAAGAACUCAAAGUUCAUCGCGAAUAGGAACUCAGAUGGCGAUUUCAAUGAUCUGGCGCAACCAAAGAUGGGGUGCGCUGGUAUGAGAUUUGGUCGAAAUGUCCCGAGAAAAUAUACCACGCCGCCAACUCAGCAGGAGCUGCUUACGCCCAAUCCAAGAAUCAUAUCUGAAAAGAUUCUUGCUAGACCUGAAGGCCAGUUCAAACCCGCCGAGAUUGUCAAUCUUCUCGCCGCAGCGUGGAUCCAGUUCCAAGUUCAUGAUUGGGCUCAGCACUUCCUUGUCACAAAUGGUGAUAAAGACGUUGAGAUUCCUCUAGAUAAAGCCGACAGGUGGUCUGAGCGUAUCAUGAAGAUUCCUCGAACCAAGAAAGAUGAUGCUCUUUCGCGACAAGAUAUCGAGACGCCUGCUUAUACCAACGAGUGCACCCAUUGGUGGGAUGCCUCUCAGAUCUACGGAUCCACUGAAGCCGAGACAAAAGCUCUUCGAGCGCAGUGCGAUAAAUCGUAUCCCGGCCAACUUCAUGUAACACGUGAAGAUGGUGUGCAAUUCCUCCCUCGAUCAGACGAUGGUAUUCCCAAGACUGGUUUCAGACAAAACUGGUGGUUGGGACUUGAACUUCUUCAUACGCUAUUCGCGCUUGAGCAUAAUGCCAUUGCCACGCAGCUUCAUCUUUCGAACCCGAGUUGGUCGAGUGAUCAAAUUUUUGAUACUGCUCGACUGAUCAAUUGUGCUCUUAUGGCGAAGAUUCAUACUGUUGAGUGGACACCUGGUAUCCUUCAGCACCCGGCGCUGCAGAUUGGAAUGAAUGCGAACUGGUGGGGACUCUUGGGUGACAAGCUCUGGCAUGUCUUUGGCCGUGUCUUUGACAACAAAUCAGAAGUCAUUUCUGGUAUUCCCGGAUCAGGCGUCGAUCACGACAACGUGCCAUACUGUCUCACAGAAGAAUUUGUUUCCGUCUACCGUCUCCAUCCUCUCAUCCCGGACAACGUAGCAUUCUUCAGCAUCAAAGAUGGUCAACACAAGGGAACUCUGCCCAUCAAAGAGGUUGCGUUCGAGUCAGCCCGUAAACCCUUUGAUGAAGACAAAUCGGGCUUGGGUCUCUCAUUCGCUGAUGUUUUUUACUCCUUCGGCGUCAACUAUCCAGGUGCUAUUCGAGCUCACAACAUGCCCAACUUCUUGCGCGACUUGAACAUCCCAGGUGAUAAGGACUUCCCCCACGGUCGACACCUGGACUUAGGAACAAUUGACAUCCUCCGUGACCGUGAACGCGGCGUUCCCCGCUAUAACGCUUUCCGACGCCUGUUUCACAUGGCACCUGCAAAGAGCUUCCUUGAUCUCACUGGCGGUGAUGCCAAGUUGGCUGCUGAGUUGGAAGAUGUUUACGAUGGAGAUCUUGAGGCUGUGGAUCUUCUGGUUGGUACACUCAGCGAGCCUCUGCCCAAGGGCUUUGGCUUCAGCGACACUGCCUUCCGCGUCUUUAUCCUCAUGGCCACCCGUCGCAUCAAGUCUGAUCGCUUCCUUGCCGGCGAUGGUUGGUGCCCUGAGGUGUACACUCGUGAGGGCAUCAAUUGGGUUCAGAAUAACACGAUGAAGGAUGUUUUGUGUCGACACUUCCCGGAACUUGCUGCAACGCUGCACAAUGUCAAGAAUGCUUUCGCACCUUGGACGAAGAUUGGUCAGACUGAGGCUUAUGCGGGCCCAGAAACUAACAAAGCAAAGAACUAAGGUGUUGGUUUACAGAAAUGAGGAAUUUCUUUUCUCUUCAGGAAGAGAGUUUUAUUCAGGAGAUAUGAUACUGGGAGCAGUUGAAGGCAAUUUGAAAUCAAUAUGCGACGGGAG